AUGAGUGCCGAGGAUGAAGCCGAGUAUAACGCAUUACUGGGUACACUUCUGGCCUUCUAUAACUUUAUAGAAUAUGAAAGGGACCGGGUAGUUAAGCAUCGUCAAAUUAAGUAUCAAGGUUUAUCAAAGAGUGACCAGAAAUUGCUUCCUUGGUUUCCGAAAUAUAUCUCUGAUUUGGAUCUUUGCAUUGGAAUGAACGAUCAAUUCACCAAAGAGCUUGCUACUAAGGUAGCCGAACAAUGGGGAAUGCCAUCUGAUCCCAGCUUAUGGUCUCCAGCCACAGAAGUUGAAUAUGAUAAAGUGAGAGUAACUCUUCUACAAUUAACAAGAGAAUGGAGUACAGAUGGUGAAAAAGAAAGACAACAAACUUUUGGCAGAAUAAUUGAAACUCUAGAAGGUCUUUAUCCUUCAUUAGAAUCUAGACCAGAGGUUAAAAUAUUAGUUCCGGGUUGCGGUUUAGGAAGAUUAGUUUUAGAUUUAGUGAAGAAAGGCUUUUGGACUCAAGGCAAUGAGAUUAGUUAUCACAUGCUUUUAACUUCCAAUUUCAUUCUUAAUUAUUGCAAGUAUGCCAAUAGUUAUUCUAUAUUUCCAUUUCUUCAUAAAUCAUCACAUUUGGCCAAGAGAAAUAACCAAUUGAGACCAAUAACCAUACCUGAUUCAAAUCCCAUGGAUAUAUAUAACUUGAGUACUGAAAAUCCACAUAUUCCCUAUGGCGAUUUGAUGUCUAUGACAGCUGGAUCGUUUGUUGAUUUGUAUGGAGAAGCUGAUGCUCAAGGACAUGUAGAAGAAGUCAAUCACGAUGCUCAAGCUACUGAAUUUAGGUCACUGAAUAAGGAAGCAUAUGACGUUGUUGUCACAUGCUUUUUUCUCGACACAGCAUCUAAUAUCAUUGAAUAUAUUAGAGCUAUACGACAUUGCUUGAAGUCUGGAGGUCGUUGGAUCAACUUUGGACCGUUAUUGUGGCAUUUCGAAGAUGAUUUGACGAUUACUCAUUUACACGUUCAAGAUGGGCCUAAUGAGAACACUCGUACAAUUCAAUCGCUGUUAAAUGGAUUAGAGUUAUCUCGAGAAGAUUUAGUUGACUUAAUUAAAAAUAUGGGUUUUGAGUUUGAGAGCCAUCAAAGUGAUAUUGAGUCUAAUUAUGCUACUGAUGUACGUGCUUUGGGGGGGUUCGUGUAUGGGAGUGAGUUCUGGGUGUGCAAAAAGAGUUAA